AUGGCCAACAUGGAAGCCCGGUCGCGCGCAUUGGAUGCAAAAGCCGCUGCUGAAGCUAAAUUGGACGCUGAAGAGUUGCAGCAGGCAGCAUUCGACGAAGAGGACGAUGAUCUCGACAUGGACGACGACGAAGACGAUGUGGAUGGGGAUGGGGAGGACAAAUUUCAUCUACCUACAGCUGCUGAGAGAGAAGAGGAAAACAAAUCAGGUGGUCCUGAUGUGAAUAUGAUACAGCGGCGUAUGAGAGAAUGCGUACGGGUGUUGAGUAGGUUCAAGAAGUUGGCCGAACCGGGACGCUCUCGAUCAGAAUAUACUGACCAACUGCUGGCCGACAUUGCAAGUUACUAUGGUUAUAAUGACUUUUUGGCGGAGAAGUUGUUUCUUCUCUUUCCCAUCGGCGAGGCCAUUGAGUUCUUUGAAGCCAACGAAGUAUCCCGUCCUGUCACGAUUAGAACAAACACCCUACGGACUCGGCGGCGCGACCUCGCGCAGACACUGGUUAAUCGCGGUGUUAAUCUGGAACCUAUAGGUAAAUGGACGAAUGUUGGGUUGCAAGUUUUUGAGAGCAGUGUCCCCAUCGGUGCUACUCCCGAAUAUCUCGCCGGACACUACAUGCUUCAAGCAGCGUCUUCUUUUCUUCCUGUGAUAGCUCUAGCGCCAGAACCAAAUGAGCGCAUCUUGGAUAUGGCUUCGGCCCCUGGAGGGAAGACCACACACAUUGCUGCUCUUCUGCAAAAUACCGGGGUUGUGUUUGCUAACGACGCGAACAAGUCCCGAACGAAGAGUCUUACAGCGAAUGUACAUCGUCUGGGUUGCAAGAAUGUUGUCGUCUGUUCCUAUGAUGGUCGAGAGUUUCCCAAAGUUAUGGGAGGAUUCGACCGGGUCUUGCUUGAUGCUCCAUGCAGCGGUACGGGCGUCAUUAGCAAGGAUUCAAGCGUAAAAGUGAACAAGUCCGAACGCGAUUUCACACUAUUGUCGCACCUCCAAAAGCAGCUUAUCCUCUGCGCUAUCGACAGUGUUAGCCCCGAGUCAAAGACCGGUGGAUAUCUUGUGUACUCGACUUGUUCCGUUACCGUGGACGAGAACGAGGCCGUAGUGGACUAUGCUCUAAAAAAACGGCCGAAUGUCAGGCUGGUUGACACUGGUCUUGAGUUCGGGCGAGAGGGCUAUACGAAGUAUCGCGGGAAGACUUUCCAUCCGAGUGUCAAGUUGACCCGGAGGUUCUAUCCCCAUGUGCACAAUAUGGAUGGUUUCUUUGUUGCGAAGUUCAAAAUCGAGAAGAAGGGCAAGGAACGUCCGGUCGCUACGCAGAAGGAUGAAGCCGUCUCACAAGGGCUGGAGGCUGCUGAGGAUACGGAAGCCGCAGCGUUCGAUUCAGACGAAGAUCGGCCGUAUCUUGAAGAUGCCAAACGCCGACGUAUGAAAGCGAAGGGCUUACGGCCACCGCCUCGGACAAAACCCCCUCCAGUCUCUUCCGCUGUAUCAGCUACAGCAUAA